CCUUCCGCACUUGUUCUUCCCUCCUUCACGCUGACCCCCGUUCCGCCGAGGAAACAACGGAGACCGAAGCUCGAUUUCACCAGCCACCGAAUACCAAGGUUUCCUUCUCCCUCUCCUUCAACGUUCCGGCGAGCAAGAGAGGGCUGGAUUUCUCAGCCUCAGCCUUCAGUCGGCAAGGAAAGCUACCGUUCCUACCCAAAGAAAGUCGAGGGCCCGCUGCAGCCUUCCAUAAAGAACACAAGGGGGUGGGGGAAAUCCGGUUUUAACCCGAAUGAGUCGGGUCGGAUUAAUUCGUUCUGGGUGACAACUGGGUCGGGCCCAAAUGUAGCUUGAACUGAUCAGGUUGCGGUCCUUGAGAGGGGUGCGGGGUGUUAAAAACUAAGGCUACUGUAUAGCAUGACUCCUGAACAUUGUAUGUAGCUUGCAGCCAGCACGCAUAGAGGCCAAGUAUGUUUGGUAUUUCAUACGGAGAGCUCUUCCUCUUGAUCGGUGCCACCGCUGCCCUCGUCGGCCCAAAGGAUCUCCCAAUUUUAGCUAGAACUGCGGGGAGGUUAGCUGGUCGAGCAAUCGGGUACGUUCAAUUAGCUCGUGGGCAAUUCGACAAUGUUAUGCAGCAGUCUCAAGCUCGUCAGGUUCACAAAGAACUUCAAGAUACAAUGGCUCAACUAGAGGUUAUUCGUCAUGAAAUCCGAGGUAUCUCUUUUAUGAAUCCUGGUCCUUUGACUCGAAGGCUGAUGGAUGAACCUAAAGAUCCUGCUUCCAACAUAGAGUCUGCAUGCAAUAGGCCACCUGAUAAGUGUGAAGAAGCACAGAAGCCUAUAAGUGCUACGAUGAAGGACUAUAGCUUCAAGACCUCAGGUUUUGUUGAUCUACAUAGUCAAGCUACUGCUUAUGCUAGAUUGGCUGAGUCUGAAACCUUAAAGACUGGUUCUUUGAGUAGCAUUACAGAAAAAGAGAACAUCAUUGAUGAAUCUACUCUCUUCACUGUCCUCCCAAUUUCAGCUGAAAGCACUGGGAUGCUACCAGAUCGAAAGGGAAGUGCAAAAGGAUCAGACAUUGUGUUGGAAGCAGUACUUGAAGCAGAAGUAGCACGUAAUGCCAAAGAUUUCUUUUCACAACCCCAAAAUCAGAUAGACCGAAUAGAUGGGUAAUGCUACUUUUGGAUCUACCCAUAGGGGGUUGGGGGAGUGCAUUUUCCACUCUUAAACUAACGUAUGUUUUAUUCAUACCACCCUAAACUACAAAAAUUGAUACAGUGCACCCUCCAAUUAUUAAAAGGGACACAUGCACCUCUAACCACCACCGACUGUCAAAUAACACCGCAUUAAAGAUGACGGUGAAAACUAAAAAGAAAUGUCUCCACCGGCUGCCAACAGUUUCUUCGAAAUUAUACUGAACGGGUUGGUUGAUCCCCCUCCCGUUUUAGCAACUUAUCCUAAGGUCUCCUCACCAAGAGCUCUCCCGUUUACAAGUUCCUUCCUUUUAUUUUUUUUCUAAUCUUUCAGAUUUGGACAAAAGGUUCUAUUUGACAGAAAGUGGUGGUUGGAUGGUGCAAAGAAAUAAAACACUUGUUAAUUGGAGGGUGGAAACUGUAUCUAUCCCAAAUGAAAAUUUACGUUCAUAUUUCAAAAUUUCUAGUGAAUUCUAUAUGAGACUGUAUAUUGUUAAUGCUGAUGAAGAUGUCAAUGGUUGAGAUCGUUACCAUGUAAGUUUUGCUAGCUGUCACAGGCUCUAAUGAGAAAGUUGCUCUUACAUUGUAUAAAACCAGUUCAUAACAACUUGCGCAAGUCAGUUUGUAUAAAUAAAUCAUCUAUAAA